UAUGGUUUGUUCCCAUCCCAUCUUUGUUGAGUUGGUCGAUGAGCCUGGUGCUGGAGGGAGGCCAUGGAGGCUUCGGAGCAUUCCGAGGCACUGGAAUACACGCCGACAUGGGUUCUGGCUGCAGUCUGCACCGUUAUUGUCUUUAUCUCUCUGCUCGCUGAGCGCGGUCUCCAUUUCCUCGGAAAGAUUUUGAAGCAUAAUCAGCAGAAUGCAUUGUAUGAGGCUUUACAAAAGCUAAAAGAAGAGUUGAUGCUCCUUGGGUUUAUAUCCCUUUUGUUAACAGUCUUUCAAAGGACCAUUAACCACAUAUGUGUUCCAAAAAGCUAUUUCUUCCACAUGCUUCCAUGUAACGAAAAAUCUUUUUCCCAUAAUGGGAAGGUUCAUCAUGAUAAGGGCGUGAACCAUCAAAUAACCCAGAAACAUAGGAAGCUUUUGUCUGAGAAUGAGGAUACUGAUAUUUGCCUGAGUAAGGGCAAAAUUCCACUUUUGUCGAUUGAGGCAUUAGAACAGCUGCACAUCUUUAUAUUUGUGCUAGCAGUUGUCCAUGUUGUGUUCUGUGCAACUACCAUGAUUCUAGGAGGAGCAAAGAUCAGAAAAUGGAAACACUGGGAAAAUGAUAUCAGGAAGCAGCAGCUCAAGAAAGAAAAUCUCUCUAUAGAUGAACAUGAUACACAUGCCAGUCACCAUCAUGAGUUUGUGAUGAAGCGUGCAAUAGGGCUUUGGCAAAAGUCAAUUAUCGUAAGCUGGACAAUGUCAUUCUUCAAGCAGUUUCAUGCCUCUGUCACCAAAUCAGAUUACAGAGCAUUGAGAUCAGGUUUUAUAAUGAGACAUUGCAGUACAAACCAAAAAUUUGAUUUUCACAAAUAUAUGUUACGCACUCUUGAGGAUGAUUUCAAGAUGGUUGUUGGUAUAAGCUGGUACUUGUGGCUUUUUGUUGUUAUAUUCCUCUUGCUGAAUGUGAAUGGAUGGCACACUUUUUUUUGGCUGUCUUUCUUGCCACUUGUUCUUCUGCUAGCAGUUGGCACAAAGUUGGAGCAGAUCAUUACAUGCUUGGCUCAAGAAGCUGCAAAGAAGCCUGCAGAUGGUCAUGAGGCACCACAAGUGAAGCCAUCCGAUCGCCACUUUUGGUUCGGUAGGCCUGGAAUAGUCCUACAUUUGAUCCAUUUUAUCUUAUUUCAGAAUGCAUUUGGGCUGGCUAUUUUCUUCUGGAUCUUGUGCACCUACGGAUUUAAAUCCUGUAUUAUGGAAAGAACUGGUUACGUCGUCCCCAGACUUGUCAUCGGUGUCGUGAUUCAAGUCCUUUGCAGUUAUAGCACCCUCCCACUGUAUGUCAUUGUUACCCAGAUGGGUGACAUGUUCAAGCAAGCAAUAUUCGACCAGCAAAUGCAAACCACUUUGCAUAAUUGGGCGGAAAACGUCAGGAAGAGAAAAAGAGGAAAGAAUGUUGGUGUUUCAUCCUUGAUGAACGUUUUUACUUCCAAACGCAAAAAAGACGAUGAGGCCGACAGUUCUCAAGUUGCAGAUAAGAUUACCAGAUGCAGAUAAAGGACUUAUCACUCUUGCUUGAGUUGUUCUAGUUCAAGAGUGGGGGUCCAAACCUGUUUUGAUGAAUUCAACUUCUACCUUGUCCCUACUUUUGUAUUUUCAUUCACCUAGAGGUGGCUGAUUCGAUUUCACGGAAGUUUUCAUGUAUCAUCGGAUAAAUUUGAGAAGCAUAGAUAGGUCACAGGGAUGAUCGAACAUCACAAGUGAUUUGAACACCGUAGGUAUUUAUUUAUAUUGUGUGUAAAUUGAAUAUUAAUUACUUUGGAAAUUCGUCUCUCCAUUUUAUCAU